AUGGUGGACCAGGAGGCUUUAGAAUCGGUUCUGAGUGUACCUGAAUUGUAUUAUCCUUCUAUAACUGGAUUCAUGUAUCUGGUCAAUAGUAUUUGGAAGCUGGAGGAACUGGAUCAAGAUAAAUUGGAGGAGUGUGGAUUAUCUGAUCUAUAUCUUUUCAAGACAUAG